AUGCUAAACGUUGUGGUCGCGUGCACGGCGGCAGCAGCAGCAGCGCUACUGUGGCUGUCUUAUACAUGGAUCCGGACGAGGCGAUUCCCGCAGACGGUAGAGCUGACGAGACCGGUCAAGGAACAUGGCGGCGACGACAAGACGCCGCUCAUCACGCCGCUGGACGGCCUGGUCUGGCAAGACGAAAAGCCCAAGCAGCUGCGGCCGUUUAAGCCAACCUACCACAUCACCCUGGCCUUACAGGCCGACACGCCCCAGGAGCUCAUCACCAUCGACCGGGACUACCUCUCGCGCGUGACGCUGCGGCGCUCGCUGCUCGCCGCCCACGGCGGCACCGUGCACGGGUGCACGCGCCCCGGGCACGCCGCCGUCCGCGAGCUCUACGCCUACCUCUUGGGCUCGUACCUGCCCACGCGGUACCCGACCAUCUUCCGGCGAACCGGCGACGGCGGCGGUCUGCUCAACACGGCCACGGGCGCGACGCACCCGCAGCGCCGCCCGCCAGACGACGACCCCGCGGCGGCGCUGCGCAUCCUCGGCGAGACGGUCGAGGAGGACCUCUUCCUGCUGCGGGAGACGCCCGCGGGCCACGAGUCGACGGCGUUUGUGUGCUGCUUCCCGGCGGGCUUCGACCCGAGCGAGAAGCUCGGCCGGCUGCUGCGCGAGAUCCACCGGCCGGUGCCCGGCUACGACCGGAUCGCAAAGAGCAUGGAGCGCUUCUUUAGCAAGCUGGAGUGGUCUGUUCAGACGCACGACCAGCUCUUCAACUGCAAGGCAAACCCCGUGCUUGCCAAUGAGGACUCGAACACCCUUGACGACGACAACAUUGACAUCUCCAAGACCUUUGUCCGCAUCGAGCUCCAGACCCUCACCCGGCUACCCGAGACGCGCGCCAUCCUCUUCUCCUUCAAGACGUACAUGUACCCCGUGACGCAGUUCAAGGACGAGGGCAACGGGCCGGCCUUUGCCGACGCCGUCGAGGGUCUGGGAUCGGGCAACGCGCCCGGCAUGGGCGUCUACAAGGGCAGCCCGCGCUGGGGCAAGGCUGUGUGCGAGUACCUGCGCUCCUAG